UAGCGGGCGAGACUGAACAUUUCGGAAGGCGCACGUCUGAGCACGGAACCGCGAAUGAACUAAACACGUCGCCGCCGAGCGUCGACUGGACUGAGACACCGGCGUUUCAUCGUCAACCUGCUGCCGUACACUCGUUCCGCCCGGUUCGGCAGCCCGGGGGUCGGUGGGCUAACGCGAGCUAGCUAGCUAGCGGGUGGUGUCGUGCGCCACCAGCCUUAGCUACAAGCAGGCGAUGGUUCGUGUUGUUCAGCCAGUGUCAAAGCACUUGAGCUAAUGAGCCGCGCACAUUGCCUGGACGUCAUUCACAGGAGGCUUCUCUGCUCGCCUCGCCUCGAAGACUCAGCCAUGUCUCAGGUGGAGAAGAAGGCAGGGCUACUCCGGAGGACGUCGUCCUCUAAGAAACCCUUGAAAGAGAAGGUGGUGCUGAUGUAUGAUGAGAUUUUUGCGAAAGAAGACCCGGCCAAAAACAACCCUCGCUUCUGGGAUGAGCUGUUUCUUAUGAAGGUGAACCUAGAGUACCUCGAGUCUAAGUUGGAGAGUGUAGAUGGGGAAGAAGUUCAGCGCAUUCAAGACAACAUCAACUCUCUGUUCCACCACUGCGUUCAGGCUCUGGCUGAGGAGCACCAGAUCAAAGUGGUCAAUGCCCUGCAGACUCUGUGUGCACUAUUCCGAGGGGUUCAUCAGAAGAACAAGUCAGCGUCUGGCUUUGACAUCAUCAACAUGCUCAUGGGGUUUGAUAAGGCUGAGCAGAGGAUGAAGGACCUGAUGGAGAGACUGGACAGUCUUCUCUGUGGCGAUGGCUCAGAGAGCCUCAAGAGCCUUUGUCUCAAACUGCUGCUGUGUCUGGUCACGGUAACAGACAAUAUUAGUCAGAACACCAUACUGGAAUAUGUGAUGAUCAACAGCAUCUUUGAAGCCAUUCUGCAGAUCCUAUCAGAUGUCGCCAGUAGAGGGCAACAUGGUUAUGAUGCUGUGGUGCUGCUGGCCCUCUUGGUUAACUACAGGAAAUAUGAGUCUGUGAAUCCGUACAUUGUGAAGCUGUCCAUUGUUGACGAUGAGCCAACACUGGAUGGAAUGGGGAUGGUUGUCCACCAAGCUCUGACAGAAUAUAACAGGCAGUACAAAGACAAGGAGGAGGAGAACCAGGGUGGAUUCUUCUCUACCCUAACUAGUAUGGUGGGCAGCAUGUUCAUAGCGGAUGCUGAUGAGAAGCUCUCUGUGCAGACAAAUGAGGCGAUCCUGCUGGCGCUCUACGAGGCUGUGCACCUUAACCGUAACUUCAUCACUGUAUUAGCACAAAGCCACCCAGAGAUUGACAUCCCAAUCACACCUACCACCCCUACUCCAAUGACACCUACAGCACCACUCGGCACAACGCCGCCCUCCCUAGACAUGAUGAACAACCCAGAGCUGCCUCUGGAUCCCAAUCUGCAGACCAGCAACCUCCUCAUCACCUUCCUCAAGUACGCCUCCAUUGUAAUGCAGGAUACUAAAGAUGAGCAUCGACUUAACAGUGCCAGACUGUGCCUGAUCAUCCUCACGUGCAUAGCCGAGGACCAGUAUGCUGAUGCCUUUCUUCAUGAUGACAAUAUGAAUUUCAGAGUCAACCUCCACAGAAUGCCAAUGAGGCACAGAAAAAAAACAGUGGACAAGAACAUCCCCUCACGGCCACUGGUGUGUGCUGUUCUAGACCUGAUGGUGGAGUUUAUUGUGACUCAUAUGAUGAAGGAUUUUCCCAUGGAUCUGUACUUGCGCUGUGUGCAGAUCAUCCACAAACUUCUGUGCUACCAGAAGAAAUGCAGAAUCAGAUUACACUACACCUGGAGAGAGCUCUGGUCAGCUCUCAUCAACCUGCUGAAGUUCCUGUUGUCAAACGAGACCACACUGCUGGCUAAGCACAACAUCUUUCAUCUGGCCUUACUGGUAGUGAACCUGUUCAAUAUGUUCAUAACCUACGGCGACACAUUCCUGCCCACCUCCAACAGCUACGACGAGCUGUACUAUGAAAUCGUACGAAUGCACCAGGUCUUCGACAACCUCUACUGUAUGGUUUUGAGAGUAUCAACCAAUACGGGCCAGUGGAAGGAGGCAGCCAGCAAAGUAACGCAUGCCCUCAUCAAUGUUCGGGCCAUAGUCAACCAUUUUAACCCCAAGAUUGAGUCGUACGCUGCCGUGAACCACAUCUCCCAGCUGUCAGAGGAACAGGUGUUGGAGGUGGUACGAUCAAACUAUGACACGCUGACCCUCAAACUGCAGGAUGGUCUGGACCAGUUCGAGAGGUACUCGGAGCAACCCAAAGAGGCCGCGUUCUUCAAGGAGCUGGUUCGCUCCAUCAGUCUGAAUGUGAGGAAGAAUGUCUCCUUGAACACAAUGAGUCAGGACGUCCUGCUUAAAGAGUUCUCCACCAUCUCCUGAGACACACACACACACACACACACACACACACACACACACACACACACACCUCACACAUCACACGGACAUACACAGUUGGAUUUUAUUUUUGCGUGUGGACAUGUACACAUUCUUUAACUCACAAACCCGUGCAAUCUUCAGUUGUUCUCUCCAUUGGUCGUCUUGAAUUCUCACGCUCUGCCUCCUGUGGACUGAACAAUGGAAACCCGCAGAGACGGAAACACCGACGGGCUGGAUGCACCUUAACCAUAAACCUAAAAAACUUGUCCUGACUUCUUUCAGGGAGUGCCCAUAUUACACUGGUUCCUCGCGUGCGAUCUGCAGUAUUUGCUGGACUGUUAACGGACCCAUGAAAGUUUGAACUGCUUAUAUUCAAACAAAAGUAUUUUUAACCCAGAUCUUCGUCUCCAUCUUGUCUGCCACUGAUUAUGUUGUAAGUACAUGUAGCUUCUGCUGUCACAUGAUUGUGAUACAUGAUUUAUGGUUUCUCUCUCCAGAUUUAGGCUUUAAGCAUAGGUGACCAUGAGCCUCUUGGAAAUACACUCUAAAUCAAAUCACCCUUUUCUUUGCAGACGAAUGCUUGUUGCCUGAAUGUUAACAACAUUAAGUGUUUUUUUCUAUUUACAUCUAUGCUGAGGUGGUAGAACGUUUGAGUUGAGGUUGCUCUGAAGUGAUUUUUUUUUUUUAACAAAGCCAUGAUUAACAUUCACUACUGUACAUCGCACAGAUCAUUUCUUAAUGAGUUCAAAAAUGUAAUCUGAAUGUUUUCAAGUGAGUGGCCAGUAUAGCAGGAGAACUGAAGUCGUCAUCGCUGCUUUGUUUCUGGUGAGUGUGAGGUGAGCUUGGAUGAAGAGCAACAUCCCGACAUUCAUCCAGCUGACCUCCUCUCACUCUGUCUCAUUCAGAACACUAAGAAUGAUCUCUUUUUGUUUUUGACUGGAAGCAGAUCUGAAUUAUGCAAUUUCUUCAAGUCUAGGCUCUUCAUUUUUUUUUUCACAUCUAAUUCCUGUAGGUAUAUUUAUGUUUCUUUUUUUUAAAAUAAAGGUUGGUUUCAUACUACUCUA